UUUGGGUUUGUCUAUUUUUCAUUUCAUUACUUGAAACUGAACUCAGUUUCCAGACUUAGGUGAGAGCUGCAGUUCUGUGUUCUUUACUUCAGGAGAUUUGUUCUGUUAAACUUGAGAGAAAAUUUAUGUCUGCUCUUAAUGCAAUCUGGGUCUUUGAAAAGUUUGAUCAUAUCUUUCAGCUGUGUGAAGCAUGAAUUUUAUAUUCCUUCUCUCUGCACAUGGACUUAACUGCAGUAGCCAAGCCUUGCAAUCUUGGUAACAAGAGUACAAGUGAUGUCAUUCUACGUUUGAGAAAUGGUGAAGGAAGACCUGAAUGGUUCUACUCCCACUCCUCCAUUCUCAUAAAUAAAAGCGGGUUCUUUGCAGAUCAGCUUUCUAAUCCAGACUCUGGCCCCUGCAUUGAGAUUCAGUGCUCGGACUCUACUUAUGAUCAUCAUGUUAACCUUUUGAGAUUACUAUAUCUCCCUGCUGAUUCACUUUUGGACUCCCUUGGCUCGGUUAAAUCUGCUAUUGGUAUUCUUCAGCUAGCAGUUGCCUUUCACUGUGAAGACAUCACAAACUGCUGCAUCCAGUACUUGGAGGCUAUCCCUUGGGAGGACAAGGAAGAGGAACAAAUUUUACAAGCAGUUGCGAAACUGGGGCCAAUAGCCAUGCCUAUAUUGGCCAGGAUCCAACCAGUAGAUGUAAGCGCCACCAAAAAUGUAUUUGUUUCAGCAGUUCGCUUUGCCACUUCAAUUGGUGGAUCCUGUCCACCCUUUGGAGAUGAGCUUAAAACAUCUGCACAAGAACAAGUGGAAUUCAUGCUUGGAGGAGAUGAAGACACCCCAUUAGUUACAGCUGAUGAUGAAGUGAAAUCAGUGGUAAAAAUGGGUCUUUCCCAAGUUUGUUCAUCAUUUGAAAAGGAAUUGUCUUCCUUGCUUGUUAUCUCAGACAUCACUACAGAGACUGCGGAGAAUAGAAUUUUGCAGAGCCUAUAUGAUGUUGAGUGGAUGUGUAACAUACUCCCCAAGAUGGAUUUAAUGAAGGACUUUGUUUCUAGUUGGGCUGAAAUGUCUGGUAAGGUUUUGGGGGUUGUUGAGGACAAGAAAUUUGAUACUGUCAUGUGGGGUUUGAAGAUGAAGCUUAUAGAAGUGACUGGGAAAGUUUUGGAAGCAGUUGGCUAUGGAAAUGUGAUUCUCCCUGCACCAUGUCGGGUGCAAUUGCUAAAGACAUGGCUACCCUAUAUAAGGAAGAUGAAACCUCUCCUUGAUGCAAUGGGCAACAAGGAGAUAGAUUUUCCUUACAAGAUGGAUGAAGACUUGUGCCAGAGUAUCGAGGGGGCAAUAGUAUCGCUAGUGCUAGCAUUGCCAUCAAAUGAUCAAGCUGAAAUUCUAUCAGACUGGAUGAAUACCGAACAGGUUAGGUAUCCUGACUUGAGCGAGGCAUUUGAAGUAUGGUGUUACAGAACCAAGUCAGCAAAAAGAAGAUUGAUGGAGGGCUUGGAUAGGGUUGGCAAUACCACCAUUAGCCUUUGAUUUGUUCUCUAAUGUUGUUGUGUGAUUAAUUUUUUAAAUGAAUAGAUAGAUGGUGGCAAUCCCUAUUUCUGUAAUGCUGACUCAAUGAAAGCUCUACAUGAUCCUUUCACCUUUUUUUUUCCCAUCUCCAUGUAGUUUCCAGGUACUUGUUGCACAGGUGGUGCAGGGUAAAGUAAAUAGAUCAUUAGCCGUGCGUAUUUGGUUGGUACUGGUUUGAUCACACCAAACUAGUAAGAAAACCAGUCCCAUAUUCGUGGUAGUUGUCUGAAAUUGAACUGUCGUUAUAACAUAUAUUUGAAUAUGACUUUUAAAAGGGAUUUUAAUCCUGGUGUGUAUUCAACCCCAUAGACAAGCUUGUAUAUAAUACAACUAUGCAAGCCAUUGAAGUCACGGAUAGCUCUGCGUGUAGAUUUAGAAUGCAAGGUUGUGGUCAGCUGCUUAGUGGAUAACAACGUGUUCGAAGUUCAAACGCCAACAACCAAUUGUCCGCCUGUCUCAUCCAACUCACCUUGUUCCGUUGCCGGUGGUCAGACAAUGUCUGGUUUAGUUGUUUACCACAUCUUUUUUCGCUCGCAACAAGCUCUCGAAUCCAAGCCCAUUUUUAUAAAAUCAAGGAAAAGGGCCAAAGACGUUUCCUCAUCUCAAUUUCUUCAAUAUUUUUUAAUGGAAAUAACUCAAUUUUAUAGACCACCGACUUAAUUUUUUUCA